AGAGCGGCGGUUCUCCGGCCUUUUCCGGGCGUCAAUUUAGUGGCGGGAAAAUCGGGUCCUGAGGCUUCCUCUUUCCGUCCCAGGCGAUUCCUCUUCGCGCCAGUCAGAAUGGAGAAGCAACCCGGAGAGCAAGCGGCCGCCGAGCCCGCGGACUCCGGAGCGGGAGGCGGGGAAGGCGGGUCACCACAGGUCGCCGGCGCCCAGACGGCGCGUCCCGAGGACCGCUUGACCCUGCUGCUCAGGCUAAGAGCACAGACAAAACAACAACUCUUGGAAUAUAAAUCAGUAGUUGAUGCAAAUGAAGAAAAAACUCCAGAACAAAUCAUGCAAGAUAAGCAAAUUGAAGCUAAAAUUGAAGACCUGGAAAAUGAAAUUGAAGAUGUGAAAAUUGCUUUUGAAAUAAAAAAGCUUGCAUUAGACAGGAUGCAACUUUCGGCUGCACUUAAAAAAAACCUGGAGAAAAUUAACCCCAAGACUAGUGUGCUCAUGGAUAACAUGAAACAUGUAUUAAAGCUAAACAAAUUAAUAAUGAAAUCACACCAGGAAUCUUGGGAUUUGGAGGAAAAACUACUUGAUGUUAGGAAGAAGAGAUUACAAUUAAAACAAGCUUCAGAAAGUAAGCUUUUAGAAAUACAGACUGAAAAGAACAAACAGAAAAAUGAUUUGGCCAAUAUGGAAAAUUCAGACAAGAUAAAGACCAUACAACAAAACCUGCAGAUGGAGAUACAAAUUACGACAGUUAUUCAACAUGUGUUUCAGAACCUCAUUUUAGGAAGUAAAGCCAAUUGGGCAGAGGAUUCUGCCUUUAAGGAAACCGUUCUACAGCUUGAGAAGAAUCUCACCAUGAUCUAAUAAGAAUUCUGUUUUAUUUUUUGUUUCAGUCUUUAAUAUGUCAUUUAAAUAGCAAAUUUAAAGUAAAAUUUUUAGUGUUUUUGGAACUAAUAUUGCAAAGUUUUUGUAGCUUAACACUAUAACAUGGAAUUUGUUCUUUCAACUAUGUUAAUUAAAGUGACUGGCAUUCUCUAAAACAAUCUGACAGUCUUAGCCUUGCAAGGGCCCCGAAAGACAUCUAAUCUGGCUUUCCAUUGAAUGUGGACAUUUUUUCUGCAACAUUUCUGGCAGUCCCAACUCUUACUUGGAAUACUUCUUUUUUUCUUUUUCUUUUCUUUUCUCAUUUCUCUUUCCUCUCCCUCCCUCCCUCUCUUUCUUUCUUUCUUGUUUCAAGUUUUUAUUUAAAUUCCAGUUAGUUAACAUACAGUGUUUCAGUAGAAUUUAGUGAUUCAUCACUUACAUAUGACACCCCAGUGCUAAUCACAACAAGUGUCCUCAAUACCCUUCACCCAUUUAACCCAUCCCUCCACCCCCCAUUAUUUGGAAUACUUUUGUGCAUUUGUCAGUCAACUAAAAUAUUACAAAAAUUAGAAAAGGGUAUCGACAUCUUGAUUUUUUUUCAAC